AUGGCUGUUGACACGAGCUACCUGACCACUCAGGUCAAUAACAUUGUCGAGCAGCUACAUGGCAUCUUUGAUGAAAUUGGUGUCCCUACCCAUGAGCGCGACUCCCGCGAAGCAGAGCUAUUCAAUGCUCUGUCAGAAACACUAAACAACCAUCUCAAGCUUGUUGAUGAAGAGAAGGAGAAGAUGACACAAGAAGCCCAGCGCCUUAUAACGACCAUUCAACAAAUGGAGGCAUCCUUGGGUGAUGAGCGGGCCAAUGGCCAGUACGAGCUCAACCGUGAUGACCUGCGCAUCACCUACCCUCUCAACCGAUGCAUCGCAUUCUUGCGCGAGAAGAACGAGGCGAUGACCAAGCUGCACCGCGAGCGCUUCGAACAGGUUAAGAAACUGGUCGAUGCCCUGGAGUCCUAUUCGUCCCACCUCGAGGCUUCAUUCCUUACAAUUGAACUUCCUCCCACUGCACCUGGCUCGGUUAUUCCGCCUAGCUUCGAUCUGUCGCCCGCAUACGUGACUUCCCUCGACUCUGAAUUCUCUCGCGUCUACGAAGAGUACCACCGCCGCAUUUCCUUCGUCCAGACAACCUCCGAGGAGAUCAUCAAGCUCUGGGCUGAGCUUGGUACUCCUCAGGUGCAAACCGAUUCAAACAUUGUCAAGCACUACCGCGAGUCUCCGGAGCAGCUUGGGCUUCACGAGACCGAUCUCGCUAGCCUGAUGGGCAAGCGCGACAAAUUGGUGGAAGAGAAGAAGGGACGCGAGCGCAAGAUCAAGGAGCUUCGAGCUAAUGUCGAGAGUCUCUGGGAGCGAUUCGGAGUUGAAGAAUCAGAUCGCAAGGCGUUCCUGUCUGCCAACCGUGGCUGCGGUCUCCGCACUAUCAAUGAGUUCGAAGAGGAGCUGGCUCGUCUCAACGAAUUGAAGAGACAGAACAUGCACUUGUUUGUCGAAGAUGCUCGCUGCCGCCUGCAGGAGCUUUGGGAUAGCCUCUUCUUCUCGGAGGAGGAGAUGCUCGACUUUACUCCUGCCUUCUCUGACGUGUGCAGUGAUGCAUUGCUGGAGGCUCACGAGGCUGAGAUCUCCCGCCUGGAGACACUCAAGGAGCAGCGCGCCCCGACCCUAGAGCUGAUUGAGAAGCAUCGCAGCCUUCUGUCUGACCGCCAAGCUCUCUCUGCUUCCAGCCAAGAUGCCUCCCGUCUUAUGGGCCGCGGAAACAAGGGCGAGAAGCGUGACCCCGGCAAGCUUCUCCGCGAAGAGAAGAUGCGCAAGAGAAUUGCCAAGGAGCUGCCCAAGGUCGAAGCCGAGUUGCGCAAAGAGCUUGAGCAUUGGGAGGAUGAGUUUGGUCGACCCUUCAUGGUCCAUGGUGACCGUUAUCUCGAUUGCUUGACUCCUGCAGUCACCAAGCCACCCCCUCGCUCAAAGACCCCUUCCGCGCCUCCAUCUACUACCAAGUCCAUUGCCAGCGCCACCAAGCGUGAUCCGAUUUCUCGCCCUGGCAGCUCCAUGCGUGGACCCCCUCCACCUCGAUCGGCCACCAAGACCCCGACAAGCAGUGGUCCUGUGAAGCACAACACUAUCGGUUACUCCGGCGCUAGUCGUGCUGGAGCCAGGUCUCCUUCUAAGCUUCCUGCCCGGGCUCCCUUGAGCAACGUGCCAUAUGGAAGUAACUCUCCCGAACGACGUACUGGACCUGGCUCGUACUCGUCCAGCACAAUCAACGGCAAGAUGCCACCUCCGCGUGGGCCUCCACCUAGAAUGCGUGCAUUGACCGUCGAAUCUAAGGAGCGCGGUAGCUAUGCCAUGGAGCCUCCGCGCUGCAAUAGUGCAAUGUCGAGCGCUUUCGUUCGGCCUGUGAGCCCCGAGGACGUCUAUGAUGAUCGCCAGCGAUCUUUUAUGAGCGCCUCUGUCAUGUCCAACCACCGGUCAACCGGGUUCUCCCACUCAUCGCACUCGUCUCAGUCUUCCCUGAACUCUUCGUUACAAGGGUUCCUUCGUGUCAACCCCUACCUGUCACAAGCUCCUCCCCCACCUGCUCUCCGACAGACCUCUAACUCAUCCACUGUCAAUACUGUUACUUCUGGCUCCGAGAACUGGGAGACCUUCGAUGAUGCCUCGGAAUCUGAGUUAGAUGCUAGCGAUGUCUACUACUCAAAGCUGCGGGCAGCACACGGCAAGCGCUUUGCUCCCGAAGAUGCUGUCGAUUUGACAGGAAAGAAGUCCAAGGGUAUUCGUAGUGUCAGUCCUGACGGGCCGCACCCCGGCCAGAUGAUCCGUGUCGCUGGUAGCGACACUGAAUGGACUGAUGAUUACGAGACUUACUGA